UCCUCAAGCUCUUGACGACUCCUUCACACGUUCUCGCACUCAUUACAACAUCGUGCUUUCAGCACCUCACUCUCUUUACCACACCAAAGAACCGUUUCGGACUCUUCGAGCUAAACAACCCGCUCUCUUCCGCCUACCAGCACUUCAGUCGUUCGACCAACCAUCAAAAUGCGUUUCUCCAUCUUUUCCGUUGUCGCCGCCAGCUCGCUGGCCGCUGCCACUUACGAUCUCCCUGCUGAUGAGGGCACCACCACCAUGACCUCCACCACCACCAGGGUCAUCACCCUCACUGCCUGUCCCGACAGUGUUGUCGACUGCCCUUACCGCACCACCACUUCCACCGAGGUUGUCAUUACCACCUCGACUUCGGAGGUGAUCCCUUCCACCACCUCUAUCUACAUUCCUCCCGUUGUCAACACCACCACCAGCACCACCAGCGUGUACACUCCCAUCUACACCCCUCCCGUUGUCUCCAAGAGCACCUACUACCCUGCUGGCAACACCACCACCCACGGCCCUACUGCUCCCAUCACCCACAGCACCCUCUGUUCCGUCUUCCGUCCCCUCCACCGUCACCGGUGCUGCCAGCGGCCUCGUUGCCAAGUCUGGUUUCGUCGGUGCCGCCGUCAUGGCCGCCCUCGUUGCCCUGUACUAGGAAUCUUGACACAUUUGGAGGCGAAUACAAGACUUUUAUCAUCGGACGACUGCGGUUCGUACUUGAUCCCAUGCAGGUCAUUGGAACUGGCGCACUAUACCAGCGUGGAGUUUUCUGAGGCAACGUGUAUCUGCACUGUUGGCCUUGUUCCGGAAGAUACUUAGGGUAGUAAACGUUUAAGUUUCACACAACUUUGUCGCAUAUAGUGUGUCUCGUGGUGAAUGUCUUUGGGUCUUGAUACCGUCCCCCUUCCUCAUCUACUGUCGUGUAACCUCGGGCCAUGGUACGAAAGCUUGACCGCACUUGAUCACCAAUGAAAGAAGCCAUUGGACCAGCCGUCUCUUUUUCGAUG